CCAACGACUGACGUGACGAGUGUGGAAGUGAAAUUUCUUUUUGGAUUAGUGGUUGUGCCCGUGAAUAUAUCCGUGAAAAUGCAAAUUCCAAAUGAGUAUAUUUCAACUGCGGAAGAUUUUGCAGAUCAGGUAAUCCGCAAAGGCAAAAAUGUGUUGCCAACGGUGGCGCGGCUCUGCCUCAUAUCCACAUUCCUGGAGGACGGCCUGCGGAUGUGGUUCCAGUGGUCGGAGCAGCGUGACUACAUGAACAUGUCCUGGGGCUGCGGCACAUUCCUAGCCACUGUGUUUGUGGUUGUAAAUCUAUUAGGUCAAAUCGGCGGGUGUGUGAUGGUACUCGGCAGACUGAAGGUUGACAUUGCUUGUGGAAUGCUCUUUUUCAUUGUUGUUCUCCAGACAUUCGCAUACAGCAUACUAUGGGACAUGCAGUUCCUCCUCCGCAACUUGGCGCUGAUCGGCGCUUUGCUCCUCGUACUAGCGGAGGCGCGGGCUGAGGGCCGCAGUCUGUUCGCCGGAGUCCCGAGUCUCGGCGAGAACAAGCCCAAGACAUACCUACAGCUGGCUGGCCGAGUGCUGCUCGCGUUUAUGUUCAUCACGCUGCUGAGGUUCGAGAUCUCCUUCCUGCAGAUCGUGCAAGACCUGCUGGGCAGCAUCCUGAUGAUCCUGGUGACGGUGGGCUACCGCACCAAGCUGUCGGCGCUCAUGCUGGUGCUGGUGCUGACGGUGCUGAACCUCUACCACAACGCCUGGUGGAGCGUGCCCUCCUACAAGCCGCUCCGCGACUUCCUCAAAUAUGACUUCUUCCAGACGUUAUCAGUGAUCGGCGGGCUGCUCAUGAUAGUGUACUUGGGCCCGGGCGGCGUGAGCAUGGACGAGCACAAGAAACGGUGGUAACCGCCGCGCGCGCUGUGAGUCGGACUAGUCGGCGACAGAAUUGCAAUCACUGCACCGUUCUUCCGACAAUGAACUGGCUGAGACGCGUUCAUACGGCACCUUGUUGUUAAGGCGGCGGUACACAUGCCUGUGUUUACCAUGAGUUAAGCCUUGAUCACACGUACCGAGUAAACGGGCGAGACAGUAAAAUGUUUACUCGGUCGAGAGAGUUGGGUGAGCGAGUCACAUACUCGAGCACUCGGCGUAAUGUUCAUACACACCGAGUACUCGGCCAGAGCACUGUCUCGCCCGUUUGCUCGGUACGUGUGAUCAAGGCAUUACGUUAGGUGUGCUCGCUAGCGAGUGCG